ACCGCUGUCAACCUAACCUAUAAUUGUGAGUGAGUUUGUGUUUUUCGUAGAUUUUGAUUUCAGCCAUUUCAUUAUUGUAAAUUACGGUGGUAUAAAAUAAAAUGGCUCGCCGAUAUGAUACAAGAACUACUAUUUUCUCCCCUGAAGGCCGACUGUACCAGGUCGAAUACGCUAUGGAAGCCAUUUCCUUGGCCGGUACCUGCUUGGGAAUAUUAGCCAACGAUGGCAUUUUAUUGGCUGCAGAAAGGCGUAAUACCAAUAAGCUUUUGGAUGAAGUUUUCACUUCAGAGAAGAUUUAUAAGCUAAACGAAGAUAUGGUCUGUAGUGUAGCUGGUAUAACUUCAGACGCCAAUGUCUUAACCAAUGAGCUGCGCCUCAUUGGCCAAAGAUAUCUGUUCCAAUACGGACAGUCAAUCCCUUGUGAACAAUUAGUUUCUUGGCUGUGCGACGUCAAACAAGCUUACACCCAAUAUGGUGGCAAGAGGCCUUUUGGAGUAUCAAUUUUGUACAUGGGCUGGGACAAACAUUAUGGCUACCAAUUGUACCAAUCUGACCCUAGUGGCAACUACAGCGGUUGGAAGGCCACUUGCAUUGGCAACAAUAGUUCUGCAGCAAUUUCCAGUCUCAAACAGGAAUACAAAGAAGGCGGCAUGACAUUAAAAGAUGCCAAAACUUUGGCCAUCAAAGUUUUGAGUAAAACUUUGGACAUGACCAAGCUGACAUCGGAGAAAGUUGAAAUGGCCACUUUGACCAGGAGCAACGAUAAAACAGUCACUAGUAUUCUGACUGGCAAAGAAGUUGAAGCAUUGAUUAAGGAGUAUGAAACAACUGAGGCCAGCAAUGAGGCAAUGAAGAGGGAACAAUCAAAAGCUGCUGCUUAAUUUUAAUUAUUAUGAAUUAAUAUAAUCUAUAAUAUGUAAGCAUUUAUUGAAUAAAACUUGUCUAAUUUUCAA